AUGAUCUACUCCUUCAUUGAACACCACUUUUACUGGAUGGUGGUGUACAUAGUGCUUCUCUUGAUAAUCAUACUCGGCAAUGUAAUGACAAUCUUGGCUAUCAAACUGAGCCGUAAGCUAAUUAGCGUUACCUCCAACCGCCUGAUUCUUAGUCUUGCCGUUUCGGAUCUGCUCGUGGCUCCUGGUAUUACCUACGAUGUCAUUUUAUUCAUCAACAAGGAUCUUGAUAGCAAAAUUUUGUGCUUACUAAAGUUCUUCUUUUUGUGCUUUGCCUGCACAGCGAGUUUCUACAACAUCACGGCAAUCGCUGUCGAUCGUUACGUGUCGAUAAAGUAUCCUUUCGGUUACCCAAAGUACAUGACAAAGCGAAUCACAUUUUUUAUAAUAACCAUCAAUUGGAGUGCAGCUCUGCUCGUAUCCACAGUACCCCUGUACUGGAACACCUUCAAGCCGGGGUGCAGCUGUACUUUUACCACCAGCAUUCCCAAGUACUACGUAGAAGGGGUUUUGAUACCGAAUUUCCUGAUCGUCUGGCUCAGCAUUUUGAUACUCCACGGGAUAAUUUGGAGGGAAGCGAGGGCGUACACGCGAAGAUCGAAAGCGAGGUCGCGAGAGAUCGGCCUCAGCAGCAAUGCCAGCUACAGCAAGAGCAACCAGGCAGUGCUGACGAUCCUGGGCUGUUUUUCGCUGUGCUGGUUGCCCUACAUAGCCGUCAUGUUGUUGCAAGUGUUACGCUACGAGCCUAGCCUUAUCGUGUAUUUUUUGGUGGACUGGCUGGCGAUGUGCAACUGCGGCAUCAAUCCGUUUUUGUACGCCUGGAAAAAUCUGACCUUCCGUAAAGCUUACAGUCACCUGUUGAGGUGUAAGGCUCUGGAUCCCGGUGAUCACAACGCGGGACUCGAUAAUCACGCCGUAAAACAAAAAGAGACGGCAAAGAGUACGAUUGAGCGCAAACAUGACGAGCUGCAAAAAACUGUUGUGAAGUAA